AUGAUACAAGCCGACCAUACACAUACCAAAAAGAGAAAAAAAUCGAAGAAUCCAGACAAACACGUCUCCUUCAAGCAACGAACAGUGGCAUACAUGGAGCCAUUCACACUCGACGUCUUCAUCUCAAAACGUUUUGUAUCGGCAUCGCUCACGCACCGUGUCACAUGCAAGCAAGUCGCGGUUGCGGGAACAAACUCAAAAGACGUAAAAGCGGUGUUGAGGUCAAGAUGCGAUAUCCCAGCAUGUAUGUCCAUAGGGAGGAUCUUGUCUGAACGUGCUAAAGAGGCUGAUGUGUACACUGCUUCUUAUACGCCGCGAGACCAAGACAAGUUUGAAGGUAAAAUCAGAGCUGUUGUUCAGUCCCUUAUUGAUAAUGGAAUUGAUGUUAAAAUUUAUCUCGAUUAG